ACAAAACACAUACCCAAAGAAACCACUGCCAAGAUUUCUCUCAAUGGAGCUGCGUGCGUAACUGUGUGUGUUGUUGGGCGGGAAUAGUGGGCGUGCCGCAAAGUCUGUGUAUGAAAGCCAUGUGCGAGGCCACAGAGAGCCACAAGAAGCAGCUUUACGCACAGCAACACGAGUCUUUAUCGAUAAUAAAUUGUCUGCUAAAAGGAGACAUGUUGCUGCUGAAGACUUUCGCUCCCUUGCUGAUGUUGGCCUUCCUCGGGCAACAGGUCUCUCUGUCCUCCGCUGCGCGCAAUAAGAACCGAGGAGCGGACAAAACCGUGACUACUGUACCCCCCGGCAGUGCGCAGAGGAGCGGCGACAAGCUUGCAGCCAGUGGCCGGGGAAAGAUCCCCAGGGGGAAGAUGCAGUGUACUUGGGCGGCAAAAGACGUCGGGGACACUGUCAAGCUGAUGGUAAAAUGCGAGGACCCGGUGGCGCGCAUCAAAGGCGGACACACCGAUCUGCAGUGCGAAUACAACGGCAAACCUCAGAGCUGCCCGGGCUACCAUUCCAACAACAAGGGCUUCUGGAAACAGGUGUCCCGCGCCUUCAAAAAGCUGAAAACCAAAGUGUGCUCGGACGAGCGCGCGCUGGUGAAGGCUUCCGUGUGUAAGCGCGCGCCCCGGGAUGCGCACUUCAAACUGGACAUCUUUAGCUCAGUAGUCUCGGCUCAGUCCGGAGGAGAUGAGCUCACUGAGCUGACGACGCCUCGCUCCACCUCCACCUCCACCGCCGAGUCUCCAGCGUGCACAAAGCGCGCGAACCACCAGAAAACGGCUGAAGAGACUUGCAGCGGCUCGUGGGCCAGUGUGUGCCACUUCUUCAUGUCUCUCCUGCAAAGUGACGACUGUUAGCUCCAGAUCUGUGGAGGAGGUGGACACUAUCAGACUAAAUGCAGGAUUUAUUUUGUGUUUGUCAAACAGCGGUGAUGCAGCAGCAACAGAUCUUUAAUUUUUAAUCAGUAAAAGUCAGAUUUUAUCUCCACAGUUUGUAUUUAUACCCAACUGGACUGAGUGGUUUCAUCAAUAUGACAUUUGUUUAUUGAGUAAUUUAUCAUCGCUGGUGGAAAGUGACUAAUUACCUUUUGUCAAGUAACAAUGUUCAGGCACUUAGACUUUGAAUACCUGAACUUCUACUUUACAACAUUUUUGUGGCAGUUGUACAUUUUGAGAUUUUUAUGUUCCUUCAAAACGUGAUGAGAUGAUAAAAUCUGUUUCUUUUUUUGUUACGUUUUUCCAUCUGGACCAACUAUACCUUUAAAAUGCUGCUCCAACAAAUGCACAAGUAACUAAAUCAUCCAAUAAUGUAAUAUAAAGUAUACACUCCGAAAAACUGUUCUGCAAAGUGAGUGCAUUUACUUUUGAUACUUCAAGUACAAUCUGUAUUUUCACGUUUCUGUUUAAUAUUGUUUUCCAGCUUUUCAGUGAACAUUUCUGACCAAUAAACACAGAUAAAAACAUGAAACCACUAA